UUCUCCUAAAACAAUUUCUUGCUUCUCUUUCUUUAAGCCGUUUCAUUUUUCCUCUUCCCAACAUUAACACCCUUUAUUCCUUCCUUUCAACGGUCCGUUUCAGAUUGAAAAUAGCUAAUUUCUCGCUUUAUUUUAUUUCUUUCACAUAAUAGCACUACUUUCUUAAGAAGAUUUAUCCGGUUCAAGUGUCAAAUAUUCUCAAGUGUCGAAUAUUUUCUUUAGAAGCACUACUUUCUUUCAGCCGCAAUAUUUUUUCAGAUCAAAUCUACUGUUCAUGAUUUUUGCUGACCUCAUUCUCUUUCUCUGCUGCAUUGCACUUUCCUCCACCAUUCCAUAAUACAAUUUUUUGAUUUUUCAGAUCUGACUCUUUUUCGUCUUUGCAUCCGCCUUUUAGAUGCUUCAAUCAAAACCAUUCAGAUUGUUUGUGGACAUCAGAGUUGCGUCCAUAUCCUCAUUUCUCUCACGGAAGCUAUCAAAACCAAGUGCAAAUGCUCUUUACUCGCUCUCCAGAAAAGUCAAGAAGUAAGAGAAUGUUUUCACCACUUUGGAGCAGACAACUCUGAUAUUGUCACAUCCUUUGAAAGCUUCAAUUUUUCUUAUAAGCAUGGUACAGCUGUAACUUCAAAUUGCUAUUCAGUUUAGCAAUAGAGGUCUAAGGCCACUACAAUUUUAUGAGGUAGCAGGAUGAAUGCCAACGCCUUGUUCGCGAAGAGGAAGGGCAAGACCCAGCAAAAGGAGAAGGGGCCCUCGGGCCCGAAGCCAGUUGACGCGCUUUUCCCGAAGGCCAUAGAGCCUUCCGCCGGGGACGCCCAUGCUGCUGUGGGGACCGGGGGGUCGAAGGCCGAGGCGGCCGCUAAGAAGAAGAGGAGCGACAAGGGGGUGGAGCCCCCCACCAAGAAGCAGAAAGGCGCCGUGGGUGCUGUCGGGGAGGCGGCCCCCCUCAUAGUUAUUGACGACAUGCCCGCUUUUGAUGGGCCUCUGGCCUCGGUCCCCCCGAAGGAUCCGGUGAAUCCCCCCCGGGCGGAAUCACCCCGGGAGAUCCGUCAGCUCUCCUUUGCCCCCGGCGCCUCGUUGAUGCACGGCACUGCCGAGCCGAAGGCCUUCCUGCGGGGCAUCACCUCGAAGAUGGACAGGGAAGUCUUCGAGACCUACGAUGACGAUGCCCUCGAGAACAGGAUCCUCCGGUCCUCGCUCACUGCCUGCAUAGCCCUCGGGGAACAGGCCCGGAGGCGCGAGGAAAGGCGUCUUCACGAGGCCGCCCAGGAUAAGAAGGUGGAGGGGCUGAUCCGCAAGAACUCCGAGGCGGUGAAGCAUGCUGCCCAGCUGGAGGAGGCCCUUCGGGAGGCGAAGGCGGCGGCGGAGAAGGCCAAGGCUGAUGGCAUAGCCGAAGGCAAGGCAGAGGCCGAGAGGGCUGCUGCCGAGGCGGCGAAGAAAGCCGCCGAUGAAGCCCAAACGGCUAAGGAGAGAGCUGCGGCCGAGGCUCGAGGGGAGGCAGUCGCGGAGUUCUUUGCUGAGGGCUGGAGGGCCGAGGGCCACAAGGAGUGGGUUGCCUCCGUGGUGGCAGCCUCGGUGGACGCUUGGGUAGAAGGCCCCGGGGUUGACUGGCUGACCGAUAGGGGCGACGCCUACUAUCAGGGGGGUGAGUUCUUUACCCAGCACCUGAUAUACCGGAGGCUCGCUAGGCACUUCGGCGUAUCCCUCGAACAAUUUGACCCCUCGAUAUAUGGCCUCCCUCCGUUGCAACCAGAUGUCAGAGUUCCCCUCCCCCCGGGUGAAGAGCGGCCAACAAUCUAUGAUUCUGUGAUGAUGGGGGGUGACGGGGUUGGAGUCGUCGGGGGUGAUGCUGCCGGAGAAGAAGUCUCCUCCAAGGCUGUCGUGGAAGAUGCCCCCGGUGACAACGAGGCUGAAGCCGCCGAGAAGAUUAUUACUUAGUCAAUUUUCAGAAAAGCCUUGUAAUGAAACUUUUGUUACCCCUCGGCUUUGGCCAUACUCUGUAAUGAUCACAUUGACUAUUUUUGUGUUGUAAUUGAAUGAUUGCCUUCGGGCUUGGUGUAUAUGACAUGCUUCCUUCUGAUCUGUUCUUUGUCG